ACACACCUUGCUUCCCGCGCGCGCGUGCUGUGAUCUGUGAGCUAAUCAAGCUAUGGCUCCAGGUCCAGCUACGGCGACCCCGCCGACGACGGUGGUGCUCAUCCCGUUCUGCGUCUCCGGCCACCUCACGCCCAUGCUGGAGGUCGGCAAGCGGAUGCUCCUCCGCAGCGGCGGCAACGACCGCGCCAUGUCGCUCACCGUGCUCCUCGCGCAGCUGCCGGCGGCCCAACGCGCGCCCGACUUCGACGACGCCAUCCGGACGGAGGCGGAGAAGGCGGCCUCCUCCGGCUACGACGUCCGGUUCCACUGCCUCCCCGCCGAGAAGCUCCCGGAGUUCCGCGGCGGCGAGGACUUCAUCUCCCGGUUCAUGCAGCAGCACGCGUCGCACGCCAGGGAGGCGAUCGCCGGCCUGGAGUCCCGCGUCGCCGCCGUCGUGUUGGACUUGUUCUGCACCACGUUCCUCGACGUCACCCGCGAGCUCGGCCUGCCCGGGUACGUGUACUUCACGUCCGCCGCCUCCAUGCUCGCGUUUAUGCUGCGGUUGCCGGCGCUGGACCGGGAGGUGGCCGUGGAUUUCGAGGAGAUGGAAGGCGCCGUCGACUUACCCGGGCUGCCGCCGGUGCCGGCUGCUCUGUUGCCGGCGCCUGUGAUGAAGAAGGAUCACAAUUACACGUGGCUCGUGUACCACGGUGACCGCUUCCUGGAGGCCGCGGGGAUCAUAGUCAACACGGUGGCCGAGCUCGAGCCGGGCGUCCUCGAGGCCAUCGCCGACGGCCGGUGCGUGCCGGGACGCCGCGUUCCGCCCAUCUACACGGUCGGUCCCGUGCUGUCGUUGAAGCCGCCGCCCGAGAAGCCGCACGAGUGCGUGCAGUGGCUCGACGCGCAGCCGCGAGUCUCCGUCGUGCUGCUCUGCUUCGGGAGCAUGGGCAGCUUCGCGCCGCCACAGGUGCUCGAGAUAGCCGACGGCCUCGAGCGCAGCGGGCACCGCUUCCUGUGGGUGCUGCGCGGCCGGCCGCCGGCCGGCUCGGCGUACCCGACGGACGCCAACGUGGAGGAGCUUCUCCCGGAGGGGUUCUUGGAGAGGACCAAGGGGAGGGGCCUCGUGUGGUCCAAGUGGGCGCCGCAGAAGGAGAUCCUCGCCCACCGCGCCGUCGGCGGAUUCGUGACGCACUGCGGGUGGAACUCGACGCUGGAGAGCCUGUGGGACGGCGUGCCGCUGGUGCCAUGGCCGCUGUACGCGGAGCAGCACCUGAACGCGUUCGAGCUCGUGGCCGCUAUGGGCGUCGCGGUGGCCAUGGAAGUGGACAGGAAGCGCGACAACUUCGUCGAGGCGGCUGAGCUGGAGCGGGCGGUGCGGUGCCUGAUGGACGAGGGGUCGGAGGAGGGGAGGAAGGCGAGGGAGAAGGCCACGGAGGCGAAGGCCGCGUGCCGGAACGCCGUGGAGGAAGACGGGUCAUCGUACAUGGCGAUGCAGAAGCUCACGAAGGAGAUGGCCUAUCCACGUGGUUAUGAAAAUUUCUAAAAAACAAUUUCCGGUAAAAUUCAACCUAUAGUUGGACGUACUGUAGUACGUGUGAUUGUUGCAAUGUGCUUAUUUUGAGUGCAGUGGUGAGGGGCUGAUUAGUCGUUACCUUCUUUUUCUUUCUGCCCUUCUCUUCUUCCUCUCCCCUUUUCUUCCCCGUCCCCUCUUCUCUAUUUUUCAUGGCAUGUAGAAAUGUAAAGAUAAAAUUUAUUAUAAGAUAUAUAUAAAAAUGUUUGUGUAAUUUGCUGAUAGCUAUUGUAAAA